CUCCCAUACAGCAGAGGGUAGUUGGCACCACUAUAAAGCUUCAGCCUCCUCCGACAACUCGUGCCUGACUCUCUGCCAACCUGUGUGAAGCUAGGAAGAGAAAUAGUGAGAGGGAGGGAAAAGGAAGAGAGAGAGAGAGAGAGGGAAAGGAUUUUUGGAAGGAAAUAAACAGAGCAGCCUGGAAUUCGACCUUUCCUUCACCAUUUUUGGCACCCAGGAAUAGUACCUCUCCCAGGUCUCUGCAUGAGGGGGCAGCAGCGCUUGGACUUCAGUUUAACGGACAAGCAUGCAGUCAAUGGGAAUCCCACUGUUGAGCCUUUUCCAGAAGGCAUGGAGACCAUCAUGUUUGGUUUAGGCUGUUUCUGGGGAGCUGAGAGACUUUUCUGGCGGCUUCCGGGAGUCUUCUCCACACAGGUGGGCUACGCCGGCGGCUUUACACCCAACCCUACUUACCAAGAGGUCUGCUCAGGUCUGACUGGUCACACCGAGGUGGUGAGGGUGGUCUUCUCCCCGAAGGACGUCAGCCUUGAGGAACUGUUCAAGCGCUUUUGGGAAAGCCAUGAUCCUACACAAGGUAUGAGGCAGCAGAAUGACAGGGGUACUCAGUAUCGUUCAGCCAUUUACACAUCCAACCCCACUCAACAGGAGCUUGCAUUGAGAAGCAAAGUGGCCUUCCAGCAGGAGCUGGAUAAAAAAGGCUACGGUCGCAUCACCACAGAGAUCCUGGAGGGGCAGUCGUUUUACUACGCAGAGGACUAUCACCAGCAGUACCUGAAGAAGGUUCCUAAUGGCUAUUGUGGCCUCAAAGGCACUGGAGUCUCUUGUCCCAUUGGAGCUGGAAAGGAUGAACUGUGAGGGAUUUGUGGUGAGAAAGAAAAGGAUGAGAAUUUAUGACGGCUUUUAAUUUGUCAUUUGUUGUCCUUAAUCUUUCCUUUUCAAAAGUAUUUUACUAGUAUUUUAGUAACAUAACUUAUUUGGCAGAUUUUCAAUAAAGGUUUUUUGUCUGCAAUUAUCUUAAACUCAGAUUGGAUGGGUCUUAAAUAUGUUUGUGUCGUGCCACCACAAAAAUGCAGGAAAUCUGUUCUGAUUCUGCCUGGUCAAAUUUUUUUUUCCCCGGUAGGCUAUGCGCUGCGUUGUCGUCAAGACCCGCCCUUCAAUAGCAUAUUGGCCAGGCCUUCAUGCUUACGCAAGGUAUUGUAGACCCAUUUGUUCAGGUCCUAUCCUUCACAUUAACCACUCAAGGUCAAACACCUAACCCCAGCCAAUCCAGAUGCUUCGUAGGGCGGGUCUUGGCGUGGCCAUAGUGGGAGUUGUAAUUUUGCAUACAGGUUAAUAAAGCAAUGAUUGAUUUCCACUUAACUCAGAAACAUGGGGGGAUGCAAGUUCAAUUACAAAUGCCUUGAAUAAGCUUCGUUGGAAUAGGCAUUUUUGGCCAAGUAUGUGUAAAAGGUUGCUCACAAUGUACACAGAAAUAGACAUACAAAUAAAACAUGAAUAUUUCACUACUAUGCAAACACAAACACACAUAUAUAUAUAUAUAUAGAGAGAGAGAGAGAGAGAGAGAGAGAGAGAGAGAAAUUUGUAAAAAGUAAGAAAAUAGUCCACACUGUAAGAAAACCUCCUCUGUAUAGCACCUGUGAAACAAGGGAAUUCAAAUUGCUUUGCAUAACUUGUUAAAUGCACUAAAUAUAUUGACGAAAAGGAAAAGGAAAUAAAUACAUAAAAAGAUAAUUCCUCUUGAAGUUUUACUGCAGCUGUAGCAGCGUCUUGUUGGACUGCAGCAACCGUCAGCUUCCACGAGGUGUCAGUGUUUCUCAAAGAAUACACUAGAGGCCCAUCAGAGUGUUUUUAUUGCAUUCCCUUUAAUGUGACAAAUUGGAGCUAAGAAACCAUGUAAACACUUUGUAUUCCAAAGUUGGUUGACUAGAAGAAAAUCAACCAACCUUAAUAGGUUUACUAUCCAGCAACCUUUUGGAGUUCAUCUUAAAGCCAGAUCACUACAAGACUCAGACUUUGGUAACAGUUCUUCAGAUUUCUUAAAUGCAGGUUUUAAUAUGGUCAGUAGCUUAGUAAAAGACAAACAAAAUAAUGGCUCUUUGAGUUUAAUUCUUAUUAUUUUUAUUUUACUGUGAAUAACUGAAUUUACGUUUAUCAAGACAGACUAAAUACUGCCUUUAUUUUCUGUCUCACUUUGAAAUAAUAAAAUGUAUGUCAUCCAA